AUGACUGGCCGCGUGUUCGGUGCUCUGAGCUGUCAGAAGCGCGCGUUUAUAUAUACCUUCCAUCUUGCAGGCACGUUCUGUUGGUUCAAGAUUUUCAAUGAGCACUUCUACGAGCUCAAGGCCUCGGAUGGCCCGUCCAUGUACCCUACUAUCCACUUCCAGGGAGACUGGUUACUGAUUUCGAAACACUACAAAAACGGUCGUGACAUCGGGUUUGGUGAUAUAAUUGUCUACAAGAAGCCGCAUGAUUUCCACUCCGAAGUUGCAAAGCGAGUUGUUGGGUUGCCCGGUGAUUAUGUGCUGAAGGACCCUCCAUUGAACGGAGAAACUGCUGUAGAGAAGGAUGCACAAAUGAUACAGGUUCCUGAAGCCCAUGUUUGGGUAAGCGGCGACGAUGCGCCGUGGUCCAUUGACUCCAAGGACUAUGGGCCAGUGCCGAUGGGCCUCAUCCUAGGCAAGGCCUUGGGGAGGUUCUGGUAUCCAUUCAACUACGAAAGAUUUGAAAACCCACUGAAACCAGUUACGGUGGGCGAACAUUAG